UCUGUGAUAUCUGAUUUAAGAACAAAAAUUUAAAAUAAUUUCCGGUGGCUAAAAUUUUCCAUAAAUGGAAUACAUCAGCUUCGAGAGCGUGUGCCGCUGCUGCCUGACCAACUCCGGCAAGUUUUCCUCGAUCUUUGAGAUCUACAACGAUUACUACAUGCCGAAGGUGAUUCUGGCCUGCACCGGAUUGACCAUUCUGCAAUCCGAUGGCCUUCCGGACGUUGUGUGCGAACCAUGCCUGCUGAAACUGAUCACGGCGUACGAAACGCGCCGGCAGUUUCUCCGCUCAAACGGUCAACUCAAGGAGCAGCUGAACCGGUUGAAACAGUCGGAACAGGAAAUCUUGAAGGAGCUCAAAACGACCACCGCCAAAUGUGGCGCCACUUCGGCACUGGAAGAGGAAGGAAUGCCUUCGGUGGAUGCCGCUGCGGUUGUGGAGGACAUUCUGGAGGCUGGACCGAUAACAACCUGGGACAACGAGAUCAACAUGCACAUUGAGCAGCUGCAGGACGCGGGGGCGACGGAACUGGCCGCGGCCGGGAACAUUGAGGAUUGUUUGGAUGAGUUGGUCAUUGAGAAGUACGAGACGCUGAUGUGCGACGGGAGUACGCUGUUGAGUGGGUUGGAUGGGGGCGUGAUGGAGGGGGAGGUCAGGGAUGAGGUCAGUUUUUCUCCGUUCCGGGAGGGGAAUAGUCCGGGGGUGGACGAGGACAUUGACUUUUCGUCGUUUUCGGAGUAUAGUGAGGAGUCGGAGGAGGAGGAAGAUCAUCAGAAAGAGAAGGACUUGGAGAUUGAGCAAGAGAAGGAAGAACCUCAGAGUUGUUCGAUGUGCAAUAAGACGUUUAGGAACAAGCGACUUCUUCAGAGGCAUGUCCUGUAUCACAACGCCAGCAAAACGAGCUGUCCAAUCUGCUCCAAAACCUUCACUCACGCAAGUAACUUGAAGCGACACUUGAAGACCCACAAGCCACCUCUGGAAGGCUUUGUCUGUCCCAAAUGCCCCAAAAACUUCACCCAAGGAUCUCAACUAUACGAUCACCUCAAAGUCCACAAAGGUCCUCCGCCGGAGGAGUCCGGGUCGUACGUGAUGCACUGCGACAUUUGCCCCCUGGAAACGACCUCCCUGGCCGCAUUCACAUCCCACAUGACCAAAGAACACACCGUCCCCAAAGACCAAAUCCACCCCUUCCGGUGCCACCUCUGCCCAACGCGAUUCGUCGCCAAGCAGGGAAUGCUCCGCCACGUCCAAAGCGUCCACCAGAACCAGAAGCGUCGCGAAGCGAACGAUCCAGAAUCUCGCAAAUUCCUCUGCACGCAGUGCGGCAAGCGAUUCCUGCGAAAGCGCCACCUCGACGAGCACACCAACUCCCACAGCGGCGACCGCAAGUACGUCUGCGAGUGCGGACUCACGUUCUCGCAAAAGUCCGGCCUGAACCUGCACUACCGAACCAAGCACGAGAACCGGAAGGUACACACCUGCGGCGUGUGCCAGAAAACGUUCGCCCAGUCGGCGCACCUCAAACAUCACGCGUUGAUUCACUCGAACGUUAAGAAGUUCGAGUGCACCAUUUGCGGGCAUCGCUUCCGCGUGAAGAGCAACCUGGUGACGCACAUGCGCGUUCACCGGAAGCAUCCGUACUGCUGCGGCGAUUGCGGCGGGGAUUUCGAGGACAGCCACAAGCUGGAGCAACACAUGGCGAAGGAGCAUGGGGGGAGGUCGCGGAAGGGGACGGGAUUGGCUGCGGUACGGAAGUCACUUGACGAUCAGGGUGCAGAUUGAGGGUUGGUACUUCUCGGACAUGAUCGACGUCAGAACCUAUUGUGAUGCAAACAUCGACUCGGAACAUGAACAUGCUUGCAGAGUUUUGUCAGCCUGGAGUAGCAAUCUUAGCAACCUGGUUAUCUCAUCACGAACGUCAUCCGUCAUGUCAAUUCUGACACUAAAACGACUAAGUAGCAACAAGUCUGCUCUAACACAAAUAAAACGUGACCAGACUCCCAGAAGCAUGCAAGAUCUUGAAGAGCCAAGCGGUACCGAUUUUCAAAGCAUUGUCCUGCAGAUUAUCCACCCUUUUCGGAUAGUGUCGCAAGAAACCGGAUAUAUAUCUCGGUAGCUUUAAAAAGGAUACCGAUUGGAUACAAUUUCUUCAACUAUAACAUCUCCAACGAACAUUACCCACUCUGGAAGCCUGCUGGAGUCGAAUGGAAGCAGCCAUCAACGUAGCGGCAUCGAGCGCCAUCAGGUAUGUGGACCGAGUUCGACGAGGAAUGUCAGAUGAUUUUCGAUCGAAAAAAAGCAGCGCGUCCACAAGUGGCUGCCGCAUAACACCCGUGAGAACAAUGAGACGUACAAACAGUUGCGAAGACAGCAAACCUAUCUCUUCCGGGAUAAAAAGCGCCGCCUGGAAGAGUUGGAGUGUCAGGACACGGAACAGCUGUAUCGCUCCAACGAAACACGCAAGUUCUACAAAAAAUCAGUCAAUCACGGAAAGGCUUCAUGCCGCGAGCCGAGGACGGAGAAAUCUUGACGGAAGAGCGUGAGGUGAUCGAAAGGUGGAAGCAGUACUUCAACGAGCACCUGAGCGGCCCAGAGGCGGAGUAUCAGGGCGACAGACGAUGAGAGAAGUUAAGGAUGCCAUCAAGAAGCUGAAGAACAAAAAAGCUUUCAAGAUGGGCCCGGACAAGCUGGCGACAUGUCUUCAUCAGCUGAUAGUCAAGGUCUGGGACACAGAACAGCUACCGGAGGAGUGGAAAGAGGGAGUAAAAUGCCUGAUCUACAAAAAGGGGAACAAGUUGGAAUGUGAGAACUAUCGAGCUAUUACUAUUCUCAACGCGGCCUACAAAGUGCUGUCUCAGAUCAUCUUCUGUCGUUAUUCGUAGCAAGAAAAGGAUUUCGCUGGGACGUAACUAGCCGGUUUUGUGGAGGGGAAAUUGUCGCUAGUACCAGAUCCCGACGCACCGUCUGUUCAUCGAUUUCAAAGCCGCAUACGACUCGGUCGAUCGCGAAGAGCUAUGGAAGAUCAUGUACGAGAACAGCUUUCCCGGAAAACCGUGCAGCGUAAAGAUUUCGGGUGCGAUGUCCGACCCGAUCGAAUUGCGCAAGGGACUGCAACAUGCGGGACACGAUUAUCAAUCGGUCCAGCCAGUUCAUCUGCUAUGCCGACGACAUGGACAUUGUCGCCAGAACAUUUGAGCAGGUGGCUAGAAGGUACACUUAAUUGAAGCGAGAAGUGGAUAAGGUUGGACUGAAGGUGAAUGUGGCGAAGACGAAGUAUCUGCUGGCGGGAGGAACCGAGUCCCUUAGGGCUCGCAUAGGACCGAGCGCGACGAUCGAGCAAGUGCUCAGGAUGAUCUUUGGCGGCGUUCGUGACAACAAUGUAUGGAGGAGAAGGAUGAACCACGAGCUGGUGCAACUCUGCGGCAAGCUAAACAUGCCGGAUAGGUCUGAUGCACGCCAAAACCAGAACAUCAAUGACAAAGUUGAGGUGCGAUCGUCAAGCAAGUGUUCCAAUCACGAAGUCACGAACCCUCAGAACCCUGGAGACGGUGAAAAGGGAGAUCAGGCAACUGAAAAACAAUAGACCCUCCAGCAAAGAUUGGUUAUCCGA